CGACUUACUUACUACCUCCGGGGCAAAGGUUAUUGCCGUCUGUGUACACACGUGUGUUUCAGUGCUGUAUAGCGCGAGUGUUCUGCUUUCGUCUCCUGUGUCAGUUUUCGUAGUAUAGAAUGACGGUAGGUUAUAUGUAAGAAAGCCAGCAGUGAUGUCUGCGAAGCGGAAGGAUAUUUCCUCCUCAAGCAGUGAGGCUGAAGUUGAUUUAGAAGGUGAAGCUGAUGUUCAGAUUCGGAAGACCGGCAAUGCGUCGGCCCAUCGACGGCAGCGGCGAACACAUGUGCCGAAGACGAGCGAGAAGUACCAGUGUCCUGCGGACUUCGUCCCCUGUGCCUACAGAGCCUGCGAGGGUACCAGUCUGGAGAGGCUGACUGACGGCGGCUCGGAGCUGUGGCUUAUCAAAUCGCCGGCCAGCUUCAACCCGGACAGCUUUAACGGUUCCAAGAUCCCGGUGGUUGGUAUGAAGACACGGACGUCGCAAAAUGGCAGCGGCCAGCAGGUCUACAACAUCCUCAGCACGCCCGGGGGGCCCGGCGGCAUGCGCCUGCUGACGACAGGCCGGGAAACGGACAGGGUGCUGUGCGCCCCAGCUUUCGAGGGCUACAUCAACAUCUGCGAGAGUUUCGGGGACCUGAACAGCAGCCAGGAGCCCAAGGCCAUUCCAGCCAACCCCGCGCCCCGGAUCCCCGAAGGCCUGAAGCAGAGGUUCCAGCCUUUUGGGGGUGCAGCUCCGUCCCGGGCGGAUCGGGAGCCCUGCGCCUCUCCCCCGCUGGCCAGGAGGAUCAAGCUGGAGCCGCCCGAGGCAGAGGAGGGCGAUCGGAGGAGGAAGAAGAAGAAGAAGAGAGACAAACACCAGGAGCGGGAAGAGACGGAGCAGGAACACCUCCAGGCUGAGGGGCUCGAGCAGGACGAGAGCGAGGGAGCGGAAAGGAGGAAGAAGAAGAAGAAGAAGAAGGGUAAGGAAAGGGAGGAGGUCGAUAUUAAGGAAGAGCCAGUAGAGGUGAAGACGGAGCCCUUGCACUUGGGCUACGCGGAUGAAGAAGAUGUGGGCAAGAAGAAGAAAAAGAAGAAGAAGAGGGAGAAGUUAAAAAUGGAGGACUUAUCCUGAGCCUGUUUUUAACACAAAGGCAAAUACAGUACAGGGCAGCCACAGUGCAACCUUCGUUUUAUAUAGCGCCUUUGGUGCAGCUGCACAUGGAUGUCUUAGGAAAGAAACUCGGUGCCUGAAGGAACACGAAUUGAUUCACAUCACUGAUGCCCCCGUGUAUCCAGUCCCCAGCCCAGUGCCCCUUCAAACCCAUCCAGAAAAAUAAUUGAAAAAAACAGAACCUCCCACUUCUAAAUAUUCCUGCAUCUUUUCCUCCUUGUUUGCUUCUCUGGACUUGAAUCAUCGAAAAAAGUAGUACCCACCUUCAGGCUACAAGUGCUUGAGGUUUUUCCCCAAUGUAGUGCCCCUGUCAGGGUUGGGUUCUAGCCUGGCCCGCUGUCGAUUAACGUGUUUGUUGCACAGGGAUAAGAGAGCCUUUUGACAACCGGCAUCCCCGUGUGGGGGAGGGAGGGACACAGUGUGUGCGGCUUCUCUGAUCUUGGCACGCGUCUGGCAAAGAAGAACUUGCAUUCACAGGUGCGAUGUCUCUGUUUCUGGGUGUCAUGAUACAAGGCUGUUCAGAUGUCUGUUGCUAACUGAUUUCCCAGCACUAAAAUAAAGACAGAGGAAGGGUUGCACACAGGAAGACCCCGUCCCAAACUUCAGUGAGCUAGUAUGUAGCCAGAGUUUUCAUUUUAUAUCUGAUGUCCCUGAGGAUAUUGGAGUCGCCUUCUGUGCGCACUUUCACAUCCAGACUCAAAACCUUCUUCUUGAGAACUGGUCCUAUCUACUCCCUUGCUUUCCUGCUGUACUGCAAACCCUUUUUGCAGUUGUGUCAUGCUGCUCUCUCCUCUCAUGUGUGCUUUUUUUCUUGCUGUAAAGCUCUUUGAGAAGCCACAUUUAAAGGCUCUGUAUUUGUGUUUUUUAUGAUGAUAGUGUUGAAUGUCAUUGUGACGUGAAAAUGCGGUAUAGAUGUCACUGUAGGGUGAGUACUCAUAAGACAUUACUUGCUAAACAAUCGUGUAAGAUUGCUGAAUGACAGAAACGAGUCGAGUCGAAUAGGGCUGCAGUGCUGACGUGACGCGCGGCAGAUUUAUUGCCGCUGCAGUUGUUUUAAACCAGAGUGCCCGGCAGGUGGCGGUGUUGCACUGUGAUUUUCCAAGGCCCGAGUGAGACCCGUCUGCGCUCAAAACAGCCUGCAUUGUACGCCUCAUUGUACACUGUACGCCUAUCAUACCUGCAUUGACGAAAGGUUUCGUUUACAUCUUUAAAGGACGACGUUCCAGUUGGAUUUCAAAUGCAGUUUCAUAAUCUCCCUUUCUAGAUAAUCUCUUUACGUACAAUAAUUUAAUUUUGAAGUGUAGAUAAAAACAUGCUUUCUUUAAAAUAACUACAGACCCUGCCGAAAGUCACUGGAACACGAUUCCCCUAUGUCUUAAAAGAGGUUUUUUGAGAAAUGUGAAGGCGACUGCGGUAAUGCAGUACAGUGUCAGUGGUGUGUUCACAAUGGAAAACGUGUCGGACAGCCUCUGGCCAGAGGCUCCAGGAGCUGGGGGGAGUCUGGGGGGCGUUUGGAGACAAGGCUGCAGAUUCCAGUACUGGGGCUCGUAUGGUUUCAGUUUCAGAUGUUUAGAUCUCUCAAUAUUCUCCUCAGGCGAGAGCCCCACUGUACGGGGCCGGCUGCUGUUUUAAUUUAGGUGGCUGAUAAACACUU